CUUGGGGUUCAGAAGGGUGAAUUCGAGAUUAGCGUUUUCCGAGUACUCGACAUUGGCCUUUUUCUGGUUACAUCUUCGACGCAACGCUACGGUGCAGGGGUAUCAAGGAAAGCCUGCAGCAGCAUGGCGCAGGAAUUGGCAGCUUCAGCGGGCUUCCACAGGCUUCAGCAUCUCCCAGACGGGCGGGUGAAGCCGUGGUCCAGCUUCGAGCCACGCAGCUUGCUAGUCUGGAACUCCAGGCCCGAUUCCUACGAGGGACCGCUGAAGGGGAGGGGCUGUUCCUCACGUCACUGCGCACCCUGCUGAGGCACGCUGCGAUGCCAUCGUUCGACAUGCCGCGUGCAUUGCCCCCGGCUCGCCACCCAGUCACCGCGCAGCGCAUGUCCCAUGGAAACCACCCACUGUACAUACCGCGUACUGCCUACUCCCGAGGUACGGAGACUCUCCCGCUGCUGACGAUCCGCCGUAUGCUGUCACUGCACGGUAACUAUCACAGCGCAAAUAUGCGGCAGAGCGGCAGCUUGGCGGGGACUUGUCCCGAGCCAUCCUGACAAGGGUGUCGUUCUGGAAUUCGGAAGGACCACGGUGGUUGAGAUUUCUCGGCGAAGAC